UGCCUUUUAUGAUAUCUUUUAUGAUGCCCCCUAUAUUUUCCUUCUAUGAUGCCUCUCUCUCCCUCUAUUGAUGUAUCGGGCGGACCUCUAAGGUGUUUUUCUCCCUUUAUCCCAGGUUCAUCCCUUAAUCUUUCUCAUUUAUAUACUCGAUACCUAAAUUUGUUGAGGACAGGGUUAGGAAAUUAUUUUGGAUAUCCGAACAGGACGGGAGAACGGCUUUUUUGCUUCUACUCCCGGCCUUGUGUUUUUGGGAUUUUUGAAAGACACCAAAAAUUAGAAAACAGAUUUAAUUGUGAGCGUAUAGUCCAUGGGGACAAAGACUAUUUAUAUAAUUUACAAAAUAAAAUCAUAACUUAUAAAGACAAUCCAAAUUUGUCUUUAAAAUGUGAAGAUAUCUUUAAGAGGAAUCAUUUUUUGAAUAUAACACGAUCUGAGGAAGAAAAAAAAGUUCCGUUGGCAUUUGCUCGAAUAGUUAAUCAAGAUUAUCGGUUUUUGGAGGCAGAAUUAGCUACUAAUUAUCACCCCCAAAAUUGGUAUUGUUUUGCUGUUGAUUCCAAGGCAAACGACGCUUUUUAUGAAAAAAUUUUGGCGUUGGCCAGUUGUUUUAAAAAUAUAAUAAUUCCGAGGAGUAGAUAUCCUGUAGAUAGUGGAGGUGAGAAAAUUUUUUCAAAAAAUUUUCAAAAAAAUUUCAAAAAAUUUCUAAAAAUAAAUUUUUUUCAAGGUCACGGUAUGGGAAAGGCCCAUCUAUCCUGUUUCAAAGAAUUAAUUAAAAAAGAAAGAAAAUGGGAAUAUUUAGUAACAUUACAGAAUCACGACAUUCAAAUAAAAACUAACGAGGAAAUGGUUCAAAUAUUUAAAUGGAUUGGUGGGGCUUGUGAUGCCGAAUAUAAUUUUCAUAGUAAAGUAGAAAGGGAUAGAUUAGACGGUCUCAAUAAAAAAUUUAAUUGGACGUUUGAAUCCCUAAAAAUUUUUAAAGAUGGUAAGAAAAGUGAUUAA